CAUGAUGGAAGACCGACGUCUGAGGACGAUGAGAAGGAUAGUGCAGGCAGCGAAGUUGCAAUAGAAGGGAGUGUGGAAAGAGACAUCUUGGCAGAGAAAGAAGAGGAAAGUGAAGAAAAGAUGAAGCAGGAGAUGGAGGACACACAGGGUAAGGUAUCAGAUGGUCAAGAUUUGCAACAAGAGGCUCUUGUCGAACGCCAAGAGCAAGAAAGACGAGUCGGCGAGAAACGAGCUGAAGGACUGAGAGAGACAAAGAAGCUGCGGCCUGUUGAGAUGGAUCUGCUGCAAGGGUACAGGGAAAAGAAGUUGACAGCAAGGAUGAUGGAGAAACAGAGCGUGAGCCCGUGGAGGGAGUCGCACUUGAAGCGAUUGGAGAGAGAGAGAAAUCUCAAGUAUGACUCCGACAGCGGCGAGGAGGAUGGAGAGGCUGAUCCUCGAGCUGGGAAGUCGUAUCGAGCGAUGGACAGCCGCACCACUGAGAGCGUAGUCAAGUUUCCGUUGCAGACCUUGAAAGAGACAAACAGAAGAUUCGUUGCAAAACGUCUGGAAUAUCACAGAUACGAAGAAGAGCAAGCCGAUCAGCUGAGUCAUUCGUCGCUAUUUUCAACUGGAACCUACGACUACUACCUCAGGAGAUUGCAGCAGAAGAAGAAGUCCUACAGCGAGAAGGAUCCACGUGGGGGGACACCUUGACGUGGUUGUUUUCGUAUCGAGAAGAUCUUAAGCUUGAUCUUAAUAAACUUUCUUGUAGUUUGACAUGAAGAGAAAAUGACACUGUACAUAUGUAUAAUUCUUUGCCAGGUACUUUGACCUGCGAUGCAACUUCAUCUGAUUCCUCCCAUCAAGACUAGAAUCCUCUGCUGUUGCUCGUUCGUCAGCGGCAUCAUCAGCAAGGCUCUUCCCAGCUCGCGAGCUUCUUCUGGGUCAGUCUGGCACAACCUCUCGAGGAAAGGCAAGUAGCGGCGAUGAAACUGAGGGUCCAGAGCUGCAACCUUGCCAAAGUCGGCAGAGGCCCCGACCAUGUCGCCUAGAGUCAUCCUGCACCACCCGCGAUGAAAGAAGGCCUUCGCUUCCUGCUCAUCACGGCAACGGAUUGCGAGAUCCAAGUGCUCCAGUGCCAUUUCCAUCUUUCCCAGGUCCUGAUAGCACCGUGCUAGUCCGAUCAAGGAAGAGGAAUCAGUGCGACCCGAAAGCUUGAGCGCGAGAUUGAGAUGAGCCAAGGCUUGUCCGCACAUCCUCAGCUCGAGCAAGCAAAGCCCGCGGCAUCUGUGAGCCCUCCAGUUGUUCGCGUCGAUGGCCAAGCAGAAAGCUGCGUCGUCAACUGCUGCAGUCUUAGACUCUCAGCUCGGAUGUAGUAGGCAGCGGCUGAUCGGGGAUUCAU